AUGGAUAAUUUUGUUGAAAUAUUUUUAAAAAUUGAUACAAAUUAUGAUGGAGUCAUUACUCAAGAUGAGUUGGAAAAAUUUACAAAAGAAAAUCACCUUGAUCCAUUAAUGAUUGCAAGAUGGUUAGAUUUAUUCUCGGAAGAAGGAACUAAACAUAUUACACUUAAAAAAUUUCUAAAUGUUCUUGGUAUUGCAAAAGAAGUAUUUGAAAUUAAACGAAGAAAUACAAUUCAUCAACAAUCAGCACUUUUCAAACUUGGUCCAGAUGUUGAAUACAUUGCUGGUGAUAUGCCAUUACCGCAACAAAUUAAUGUAAGCAAUGAAGCGAGAACAUUAUUAGAAGAAUAUGGAACGGAUAAUCCCAAGUCUAUUGCUGAAAAUCUAAAAAAAACUUUAGAUAAACUUUAUGGUAAAGCAUGGCAUGUCACCCUAUUGAAUGGUUCAUUUUGGAGUUCAUUUUCACAUGAAUCUGAUUGUUCAUUUCAUUUUAAAUUGAAAAAUUUUUGUUUUAAUGUUUGGAAAACACCAGAUCAUUCAGAAAAAUAA